AUGUUCCGUUGUCGGAGAAGGAGGAGGAGAAAAAAGAGGAAGGAGGAGGAGAAGCAAAAGAAAAAGGAUGCCAAGAGCGGGACUAAAGAAAAGGAAAAGAGUGAAUCGAAGGACCCCCAGGAAGCACUCGAAGAACAGCGCAAAAAGAUGAAAGUCCUCUGCUCCAGCCCCAUCUUCCGACUAGCCUCAACAUCCACCGACCCCUCCUCCAUCCGCGGCGCUACGCUGUCGACCAUGCCUCUGGAAAUGGGCGUCGCACUUACUUCGUUCAUCGCCUCGGAAGUUAUCUCUUCCAAGAUUUCCCCGAUCAAAGAUCCCAUUACUAACCUUAUCGACCCGUACCGCGCCAACUUCAUUGUGGAAGAACUGGGUAUCAUGGCGACGGAGGAAGUCAAAGCUGCACGGGAAGAAGCGGAGGAAGAAGAGCAGGAGCGACUAAGGGCGUUAUUCGGUGCUAUGUGUCUCGCUGGCGCUGGCGCUGGUGGCCUAGGUGCUGCAGCGGGUAUGACAACAAGAGAUGGACGGCAAGGAAGUCAACAAGCGAACAACGAAAUGCCAGGCAUUAUCGGCCCCGACUCCGGCCCGUUACCACCUUUACCAAUCCGCUUCGGAGGCAAAGUCAUCCCCGGCACAGGAAGAAGUACAUCAGAAAUGGGCAUCCCGACCGCUAACCUCAAAGACCUCCCGGAGGAAAUAAAGCAUUACUUCAAAGGCGUCUACUUCGGCUACGCGCGCAUCGUGCCAGGCAAAGGAGGACCGAUGGGUCCCGGGGGUCCAACGGAGGAAGUCUGGUACGAAGCCAUCAUUUCUUCAGGACCGGUGCCGUAUGCGAAGAAAACGGCUGUGGUGGUGGAACAGCAGACGACGGUAUAUUUCAUUACUGAGUUCGGACAGGGAGUUACUUUCUUCGGGAGUAAAGUCGAGGUCCUAGUGAUGGGAUUCUUGCAUCCAGUGCUAGAUUAUCGCGAGACGAGCCCGCAGUACAGACUUGACACCGCGCAUCAAGAUGUUGUGCUAGCGCUGGCUAGUCUUGACAGACCGAACUGGAGUGCGCAAACUACACUGGCGCGGAUGGAAGCUGCUGAACAAUCAAACGGGGACGGGGAAAGAGGCCUGAUAGGGGGAUUCAAGAAGACCAAGGUGAUGGAAAAGGGACAGGAAGUUAAGGAAAAGAUUAGCGGGGCUAAGGACAAGGUGGCUAAGCAGAUUGAUCGGAUACCGGUGCAUAAAGUGGGGAUUCGGAAGGAUGAUGGGAAAGCUAGGGAUCGGUAUUAUGGCACGGGAGGGUAUUGGAUUCCUAGGUGUUAA